CCACGGAACGACCCGCUGGUCGGCUCUUUCCCAAGGCAACCUGCGAAGACGCUGUGGUACGACCGCCCGCGGUACGUCUACCUGGAGUUCUGUGUCGAGGACAGCAGGGAUGUGAAGGUCGUCAUUGAGGACCAGCGGUUGGUGUUCAGUUGCAAAAAUGCAGAUGGCUUGGAGUUCUACAAUGAGAUCAACCUGUAUGCCAGGGUCAACUCCAAGGACUCAAGGGAGAAGCGCUCCGACCGCUCCAUCACGUGUUUUAUGAGGAAGUGGAAGGAGAAAGUGGCCUGGCCCCGCAUCACCAAGGAGAACAUCAAACCUGCCUGGCUCUCUGUGGACUUUGACAACUGGCGAGACUGGGAAGGGGACGAGGAGGUGGAGAGGGCCAUGGUGGAGCAGUACGCAGAGCUCCUGGAGAAGGUGACGGACAAAGGCCCCCCCCCGGCCAUGGACGACCUGGAUCAUCUCAUCACUGCCAUUGCAGAACAGAUGUUUGGAUUCAAGACAACUUCAUGGGAGCUGGGCCGUCAGAGAAGUGUCAUUGAGCUGGACACCCCCUCGAUGACAGCAGAGCAAGUGGAGGCCCUGGAGAGGAGCGUGAACGAGAAAAUCCGGGAGAGGGUACCUGUGGUGGUGAGGGAGCUGGCUGCAGGGGACCCAGAAAUCGAAACUGUGAGGAGCCGUGGUUUGCCCGAUGACCACGUGGGGCCUGUGCGGGUGGUGGACAUUGAAGGCAUUGACUCCAACAUGUGCUGUGGGACCCACGUCUCCAACCUGAGUGACUUGCAGGUUAUUAAACUACUUGGUACAGAAAAAGGGAAGAAGAACAAAACCAACUUGGUUUUCCUGGCAGGAAACAGAGUGCUGAAGUCAAUUGAACAAAGUCACAGUACUGAGAAGGCCCUGACCUCACUGCUCAAAAAUGGACCAGGUGAGCAUGUAGAGGCUGUGAAGAGACUGCAGAGUUCUGUGAAGCUGCUCCAGAAGAAUAACUUGAACCUGCUUAGAGACAUUGCUGUUUUGAUAGCCCGGGACUUCAAGAGCAAACCUAUUCAAAGUCAGCUGCUUGUGUUGCACAGGAAAGAGGGUGACUCUGAAUUUAUGAAUAUAAUUGCUAAUGAGAUUGGGACAGAGGAAACCCUGCUGUUCCUGACUGUGGGGGAUGAAAAAGAAGCAGGACUCUUUCUUCUGGCUGGACCUGUUGAAGCAGUUGAGAGUUUAGGUCCCAGGGUGGCAGAGCUUCUGGGAGGAAAAGGAGCUGGGAAGCGAGGCCGCUUCCAGGGAAAGGCCACCCAGAUGAGCCGGCGAGGAGAAGUGCAAGCUCUGCUCCAGGAGUUCAUCAGCCACCGAAGCCCUGAAGCAUAAGAAUCAAUUCCUAAAGUAGGGCUGUCUUCCCUGCUUUGUAUAAGUUCCACCAACUUUUCUCCCAGAGAAUAAAGACAAAAA